AUGUCCGACAAUAUUUCUUCAUAUCCUUCACCAUCUACACCUAUAUUAAAAUCUAUAAUAUUAGAUAUUAGAGGUGCUGUUCAUAUAGUGGGUGUUUGGAUUCUAAGUGUGGAAGAAGAAAGGCCAGCGUACUUACGUAAGUCCCUUCAAAAUCUACCCUCACCAAUUAGUCAAAAUGAUGCAUCAACAACACCAGCUUCAACACCAUUAUCAGCUUCAUCAUUUACAAGUUCAUAUUCAGAUGCAAAUGUAUAUCUUAGAAGUUUAUAUUUCCAAGUUAACGAUUUCUUCAUUCUUUCAAUAGGUGGCAGUAAUGUUGCUUUAUUGGGGAUAUUAACAUUGGUUCUUGGUCAGACAUGGUAUGUUCGACAAAUAAUCGCGACGACAUUCGCGGUUUUGUGGGGUGCAAGAUUAGGAUUAUUUUGUUUAUAUCGAAUGUUAAAAUCAGGAAAGGAUUCAAGAUUUGAAAGUAUUAGAUCUAAAUUUGCAUCAUUGCUGUUCUUCUUUGUGUUACAAAUGAUAUGG